AUUACAUUAUCCAAGUAAAAUAAUAUGAGAACAUUAAAAUUAUAACUAAUGAAAUAUGGAACCACGUACAUUUUCUGUUGGUAGGGGGAAGUAAAUUGCUGCUGUACCACUACAGCCACAUUGAGGUCAAGUGUAUCAAAUGCUUAUUUAAAAUGUCUAGUUUUUCAAGAUCAGCCCAGCAAUGGGCGACCUUUGCAAGAUCCUGGUUACUAAUAGACGCUAGGAUGCAGCCUCCUGGAAAGAUCGCCUCUAUGUGUUCAGUUCGUCUUCAAGGAAAGCAUAAACCCAUUUACCAUCCACUGAGUGAUAUUGGAGACCAUGUGGUGGUCAUGAACACCAGACACAUCGCCUUCUCCGGAAAUAAAUGGGAACAGAAAGUGUAUUCGUCUCACACUGGCUACCCUGGAUCAUUCAAACAGCUCACCGCAGCCCAAAUGCACAAAAAAGACCCAACAGCUAUCAUUAAACUGGCUGUGUACGGGAUGCUUCCCAAAAACCUCACCAGAAGGACCAUGAUGCAACGGCUUCACCUCUUCCCAGAUGACGCUCUUCCUGAGGACAUUCUGAAGAACCUGACAGAAGAGCUUCCUCAGCCCAGAGAGAUUCCUCGCAAGCUCAGCGAGUACACACAGGAGGAGUGUGACGCUUUCCCCAUGCUCUGGACCCCGCCAGAAGACUACAGGAUGAAAUGACCGUCACAAAGCAGUUUCCCAGAUCUUCCAUUUAAGUUUGUCCAGGAGUUUGAGACUUGGAAAUGUUUGUCUAUUUUUUUUUUUGUUAAUGUAAAAUAAAUUCUCUCAAAAUUAUAAAAAUAAAUUUGUCAUUUAAGCAUGAA